AUGGCUUUACUCCCAGUUGUGCUGUUUCUGGCUGCUGUGCUGCUACCAUCUUUCCCCACCGAAGCAAAGGAUCCAAACUUUACUGCUCUGUUAACCACUCAAACGCAAGUCCAAAGAGAGAUUGUAAAUAAACACAAUGAACUAAGGAAAUCAGUCUCUCCACCUGCCAGCAACAUGCUAAAGAUGGAAUGGAGCAGAGAAGCAACAGCAAAUGCCCAGAAGUGGGCAAACAAGUGCACUUUACAACACAGUAAUCCAGAUGACCGGAAGACCAGUAUAAAAUGUGGUGAGAAUCUCUUCAUGUCAAGUAACCCUACUGCCUGGUCAGAUGCAAUCCAAAGCUGGUUUGAAGAGCACCACAAUUUUGUCUAUGGUGCAGGACCAAAGAGCUCCAGUGCAAUUGUUGGACAUUAUACCCAGCUUGUUUGGUACUCAUCUUUCCAUGUUGGAUGUGGAAUUGCCUACUGUCCCAAUCAGGAGAGUCUAAAAUACUACUAUGUUUGCCAAUACUGUCCUGCUGGUAAUAAUGUGAGUAAAAUGAAUACCCCUUACCAAGAAGGAACACCUUGUGCCAGUUGCCCUGGUAACUGUGACAGUGGACUAUGCACCAAUUCUUGUGAGUAUGAAGAUCUCCUUAGUAACUGUGAUUCCUUGAAGAAAACAGCUGGCUGUGAACACGAAUUGCUCAAGGAAAAGUGCAAGGCUACUUGCCUAUGUGAAGGCAAAAUUUACUGA